AUGGAGAAAAGGCCAACGGUGAUGCUCCUUUACCCCCUGUACGCGUCGGUGCUGGCGAUGGAGAGCCCGUCCAAGCUGGACGACGAGCAGUGGCUGGCCUACUGGAUCCUCUACUCCUUCAUCACGCUCAUGGAGAUGGUCCUCGAGUCCCUCAUCUACUGGAUCCCGAUUUGGUACGAGCUGAAGCUGCUGUUCAUCGCGUGGCUGGUGCUCCCCAAUUUCAGGGGCGCCGCGUUCAUGUACGACAAGUUCGUGCGGGAGCAGCUCCGGAAGCACGGCCUCACCGCCGCCGGCUCCGGCAAGAAGGACGACGGCAAGUCGUCGUCGGUGUCGCCGUCGUCCAAGGACAAGGAUAAGCCCAAGAGCAAGUUCCUCGCUUUCGUCACACCCAAGAAGGCGAUGGAGAGCUCGUCCAAGCUCGACGACGAGCAGUGGCUGGCCUACUGGAUCCUGUAUUCAUUCAUCACACUCAUGGAGAUGCUCCUGCAGUCCCUAAUCUACUGGAUUCCUGUUUGGUAUGAGUUGAAGCUGCUGUUCAUGGCCUGGCUGGUUCUUCCAAACUUCAGGGGAGCAGCAUUCAUCUACAACAGGUUUGUGAGGGAGCAGGUGAAAAAGCAUACUGCCAUACAGGCUGCAGGUGCUGGCAGCACUAGCAACAACAACGUUAUUAUUAGUGCUAAUGAAGAUGACAAGAUCCUUUCUACUUCUCCAAAAGAGAAGUCCAAGAGGAAGCUACUUUCGAUGAUCAUUCCAAAGAAGCUCAAGCUUUGA